UCUGAAAUCGUGGUCUACUUUUGCGCUAAAUUGAAAUGGGUAGGCUCAAUCAUAUAUAAGGCCGAUGAUUGAGUGAUUGAGCUAGUUUGAAAGCAGUUUUCCGACAUGAUGGUUGUGCAAAGCGUCGUGGUGCUAUGGAUCUUCAUGAUAACUACGUGCCUUGGUGCAGAGGAUUGCCUGAAGCUGCACAACUUGACCAGUGCCCAAGUGGAGGCAGUCGACCCAUCCACUGCCGUUUCCCAUGUUCCCUUGGCUGUCAAAUGCUACAGUAGAUGUGCGAUUGAUGGGUAUUUCGGCGACGAUGGGAAGAUCGAUCUGCAGAGGGUGGGAAAUCGGGGAACCAAAGAGGAGCAUGCUAUUCUGGCCCAGUGUAAGCAGCGCUUUGAUGACGCCACCGAUCUGGGCAGAUGCGACUAUCCGUAUCUGAUGCUUCAGUGUUUGUUUUCGGCCAGAGCGAGCGGAACGAGCGGGUCAUAAUCAAGCUAUUAAUAAAUACAAUCAACCAUAUGACACAAUACAAUAUAAGUCAGUAUAUGGCACACACAAUGGUUAGAAAAAUAUAGAGUUGUAUGUAUAUCAAACAAAAUAAC